AUGUGGGCCACGCCGGCUCAUGCGACCCCCGUCCUCGAUAACUUCCUCUCCAGCAUCCGCGAUCUCAUCCACGCCCGCGAUGGCGCAAAGCUUCAAGAUUUCCUCCAGCUUGAACCUCCCCUCUCUCCGGUUUAUCUACAGAUGGUCGACGAGCUACGGCGAGCAUAUCCCAGCGACUCUGGCAAGGACGAGCAGCUGCUGUCAAAAUGCGAGCCUCUAGUGCCAGCCUCCGAGGUGGGAAGUGCGUGGAGCGCAUUUCCGUUGUUUAUGCGGCUAUACUUUACGUUUCUACGAGACGUCAACCUGGAGAACUUGCUGGAGACCUAUGAGCUGCUGAGGGUGUUGCUAAAUCAGUGCAUAGUGGCCCUAGGUGAUAGCCAGUACGGAAUCAUCGUCCUUCCGACCGCCCUUUAUCUCUGCAAGGUUCUGGCAAAGCUUGCCAUUGGCCUCGACCGCCGACCGGAAAUGAUUGCCCAUCUGCUGCGAGAAGGCGCCGACGCAGAGGGCGCGACGGAAAAAGUGACACUGGUCGAAAAGUCGGCCAACGUCGUCAGAGAAGCGUUUAUCAAGUGCUUGACUGACCGCACGGGGACACUGGGGAAACCAGAAGGAAGGAGAACCGGCAUUUAUCUCAUGGCCAACUUGUGCUUGAAGCUCUUGUUCAAGUGCGGCAAGCUGAGAAACGCAGAGCAAAUGUUUGCGAGUAUAAAUGCACAGUCGCCUCCACUGUCAUAUUUCCCGGCGCCACAGCGAGUUACGUACUUGUAUUACCUUGGACGAUAUCUCUUUUCCAAUAACCUGUUCUACCCAGCUCAGACCGCGUUGCAGUCAGCGUACGAUCAGUGUCACAAGCAGGCGUUGAGCCAACGACGGCUGAUCCUAACCUACCUCAUUCCAUGCAACAUUAUUCUUGGCCGAUUUCCUUCCACAGCUCUUAUCCAACGACCCGAGUGUGAAGAUCUUGGGGAGAAGUUUGUCCCUCUAUGUCACAUCAUCAAUCGUGGAGAUGUGACGGCUUUUCGAGCGUACCUUGCCGUCGAUUCAGAAAACGCCGAUUGGGCCAACGCGGACCGGAGCCGUAAACGACGGGAGCUCAAACGCUGGAUUGGUUUCGUUUUCCCACUGAUGCCGAUUUCAGCCCCGAUGUGGGUUUCCAGUCAAGAGCAUUUCGAAAGUUCAAACUGCGAUGACUACGUAAAUCCCACGGGAUAUUUUGACCCGGCGGGUGAAUGGGUAAAUGUCACCGACGCUGAUCAUCUCCCUGAGCCGGACCUCACUGACUCCCACCUCGUCGACGACGGCUCGGGCGAAACGUAUGCGUAUAUAAUGGGUACUGAGGAGGAUGCCGAAGAAGUCGAUGCGGAUUCGCCGUCCCCGCUGAUGCACGAAUUGGAAAGUAUACUCGCCUCUCUGCUUGCCCAAGAUCUGAUGCGGGGAUAUCUUACACACAAUAACCCGCGGUACGCCAUUCCCGGGUCCCGGGUGAAAGGGGCGCUUCCUACAGGGUUUCCGAACGUUUGGCAAACCGUCUAUUCUCGAGAGAGCCAGGACGAUCAGGUUCCCGGCUGGGUGAAAGCCCCAAAUCCGUUUGGCGGAGGUGCGGCGGCCCAAGGCACUGGUGGCCCGGUGGGAAUGGGAGGACGAGUGGUGAACCUCAGCGGCGCGAGACCUGUCAGCACGAUGGCUGGGUAG